AUGGAGUUUUUGGCAGGAAAUUUGAUUGGAGCUCUGGCAACACGACCUAUAAGUGUGUAUGCCCCACUGGUAAUAGUCCUGGAGGGGACUGAAACUGUUGCUAUUUCUGAUAGUGUCUGCUCUGUGGGCUGCGGUUCUGAUCUCUAUGCUUUCCCGUUGAAGAAGCUUCCGUGUAGAUCCAUCGGAGAGGCAGAGCUGCCAUUGCAAUCCAUCGGAGAUCUCUCUCUGCAUCGCCGCCGGCGCCGUUGUUCUCGCCGCCGCCGGCUGCGCCAUGCUCCGCCUCCGAGAGUGCUUCGUUUCCCGUCUCCUCUCUUCACCUUCCACCCCCACCUAUGCCAUCUCCUCUCCGCCGCCGCGCCCCACAUUUCCCCAAAUCCCAGUGGCUUCGCCGUCGAGGACUACCUCGUCGCCACCUGCGGCCUCACCCGACCCCAAGCCCUCAAGGCCUCCACCAAGCUCUCCCACCUCAAGUCCCCCACCAACCCCGACGCCGUCCUCGCCUUCCUCGCCGGCCUCGGCCUCUCCGGCGCCGACGUCGUCGCCAAAGAUCCGCUCUUCCUCUGCGCCAGCGUGGGGAGAACCCUGGCCCCUAAGGUCGUCGGGCUAACUGGCCUAGGUCUCUCGCGUCCUGACAUCGCCCGCCUCGUCUCCCUCACCCCCGACCGCUUCCGCCGUAGAGCCAUAGUCUCCAAGCUGCAGUACUACCUGCCCCUCUUCGGCUCCUCCCACAACUUCCUCCGGCUGCUCAAGCGCUCAUCCCACCUUCUGUCGUCGGACAUCGAUAAGUUGGUCAAGCCCAAUGUUGCCUUCCUGAGGGAGUGCGGGCUAGGUGAUUGUGAUAUUGCCAAGCUGUGUAUCCGGGAGCCGAGGAUGCUCAUCACCAACCCGGAGCGCGUCCGGGCAAUGGUGGCACGUGCCGAAAGAUUGGGUGUGCCCCGUGGCUCUGGGAUGCUCAGGCAAGCGCUGCAGGCUGUCGCGUUUCUCAGCGAGGAGAAGGUUGCCGCCAAAUUGGACUACUUGAAGAAUACUUUCAGGUGGUCUGAUGCCCAAGUGAGCAUUGCUGUGCGCAAGUAUCCGGGUGUGCUGAGGAAGUCAAAGGGACCUCUGAAGCGCAGGUCCGAGUUCCUGUGCUCUAAGGUGGGGCUGGAACCCAUGUACAUUGCUCAUCGAUCGGAAAUACUUUCAUAUAGUAUGGAGGGCCGACUCAGACCUCGGUACUAUGUUAUCAAGUUUCUCAAGCAAAAUGGACUGCUAGACCGUGACUUGAGCUUAUAUUCUGCGGUCAAGAUGACUGAGAAGGUAUUUGUGGAGAAGCUCAUAUGCCCUCACAAGGAAGCCGCACCACACCUUGCUGAAGAUUAUGCAGCAGCUUGCAAAGGGGAAGUGCCUACUAAUUUCAGAUUUACAUGAACAAAAAAGUCCUCUUCGGCUCCUUCCACAACUUCCUCCGGCUGCUCAAGCGCUCACCCCGCCUGUUGUCUUUCGACCUCGACAAGGUGGUCAAGCCCAAUGCUGCCUUCCUGAGGGAGUGCGGGCUAGGUGAUUGUGAUAUUGCCAAGCUGUGCAUCCAUGGGCCGAGGAUGCUGACCACCAACCCGGAGCAAGAAGAAAUGCCAAAUUUUCAACUACUAGCAAGAAGAAAAGGAAGUUCACUUGGUUAAAUAGAACCAUGGUCCGCCUACCUUGAAAUUGAUGUACCAGGAGCCUAGGAGGAUGCCGGUAGGUGUUUGGUUUUGGUGCACCACCAAAAAAAGCUUGCUGAUGGGAUGCAAAGGCUAAGGUAAUGAACUAUCAACUGUACACGUGAGGUAGAAGGCUACGCCUACUGUACUGCCAGCUAAAAUAUAAUGCCUAUUCCAUCAAAAAGAAAAAUGUAAUGCCUACCUGAACCAUCUUAGAACCGUGACUUGUGUUGAUAUUUUUAGUUCCAAACUUCAAAAUGAUGGCUAUACUGUUCUGAAUUUUUAGGAUAUCAGCAGUUGUUUGUAUCUUUGAGUGUCUAAUUCCAAGUUGAAAUCGAGAUUGUUAACUGCUGAUAAGCUGAAGGUAGUACUAAUUGCCAUCUUUAUUUCCGUUUGACAAAUAGAGAUGAACUCCUUUCAAAUUCGGGUUAGUUGAGUUGGCAGCCGUGUUGCAGUUAUGCCUGAUUAUCUCCUGAAACCCGUAUUUCAGUUUCUGAUUCCCUGUGUUCCACUGGCGGUGACCAUCAGGUCUCACCAACAUAAUUUUGCGCAUGAUCAAUGGUGUUCUGUUCUGAUAGGGGAGUAGUAGUAGGAAUUGUGGCAAUGGAGCUUUUGGCUGGAAAUCUGUUUGGUGCUCUGGCAUUAUGACCUAGAGGUGCUCCACUUGUAACAAUCCUGAAUUUGACUGAAACUAUUGGUAGUUUGAUGCUGUGUGCUCCAUGCAUUGGUGUUCUAAUCUCUAUCUAUGAUUUCCCAUGUGGAAGAAGCUACAGUAUGUAGAUUUCAGAACCUGCAACCAGAAAUACCAUGUGUUUGAAUACUGUAUGUUUAAUGUUCGAUGAUAGAUGCGAUGUUGUGCUGAGACGUAUCCAGUAAUAGCAUUUUUACAGAUUUAACAUGCCGAUGCGUUUUCAAUCAAGUCACAGCAAGUUCAGCUUAAUCGGUACGUGUUUGUGUGUGUGUGUGUGUGUGUCCAAGAGCCAUAAUUAAACACGUCCAAAAGUAUACAUGCAUGCAUAUAUCGAUCAUGACAGGGCAUGCAUAAUUAAACAGUCAUUCUUUACCGCACACUUUGAUGGA